GUGUUCCACCGUGAUUCUACAUAGUCCCCGGGAUUAUGCAGAAACACUUGCAAUACCAUCUCAAUCAGAUUGGGCGAGGCUAAUUAUCCUGCCUGGUUUUUCCUUAUGUAGCAUCAUCUUCAGGGCCAUGGUUUGUUCAAAUUCGUGGAUGGUACUUAUCCUUGCCCAUCUCAGUCUCUUAUUGAAGACGAUGGCAGUUUAUCUUCAAAUCAUUCUGGACUUUAUGAGCGUUGGUUGGAGCAGGAUAGCUCUGCAAUUUGUAUGAUCGCAAAUACCCUUUCUGCUGAUGCACUAACUCUUGUGAUUGGAUGUCAAACAUCAAAGGAGAAUUCAGCUUUUAUUGGGAAUUCUAGUCCUCAAGAUGGAGAGACCUACCCCCUUUUUCCUAAUGCUAAAGGGAAUAGUAGCAACAACAACAUCAACACCAAGAAUGGCAGCAACCAAAAUUAUGGGAAUAACAAUGACAAGCCUAAGUACAAUGAAAAUCUCAUCUGUCAAAUCUGUGAGAAACUAGGCCAUGGUGCAUGGAAGUGCUAUCAAAGAAAUACCCAUCAACAACAAACAUCAAGUUAUUCAAUGUCUAAAGUUGUUGAUCCCUUACCCAGUUAUCCAGCCUUCCUCAGUCUCCUUUAAUGAUCAGUCUAGGUUUGGUUACGACUCCCAGUCAUAAGGCGUUUGUUUCUUCAAUUCCGAACAAAAAUCUGCUGCAUUGUAGGCGGUCUUUUUAUUCUGCGAAGCUAUGUCAGGCACUACCACGCAUUCCUCCGGUUGAGACAACUGAUUGCUUAGUUGCUGCACUUUUGCUGAAG